UACUCUGUAUCUUCGUCUUCACCAAAGCACAUUCAUUCUCCACCUCACCAACAUAAACAUUUUUCCAUAUUUUCAUACUUACAUUUGUUUCUGAUUCGUCGUAUAAUGCAUUUCGGGGGUCUCUCACAGAAUCAUUAAUCUUUGAUUUGAUUUACUUGAGGCCGUUGGUUUUGUUUGGCUGCCAGAGACAACCGAAAAAACAGAGUGCCUCCGAAACCGGAGGUAAGAAGAGACUCCGAAAGUUUAUGAGAGAAUUACAAACAGUCAUACACAACAUCCAUCUAAUCUCCAAUUUCAGCUCUUGAUCAUAUUCUUAUUUUUAUUAUUUUAGCAAAUUUAUUUUAGAAUUCUCUGAAAGAAAAACAAAACAAAACAAAAUCUCUGUUUUUCUCUGAAAGGUGAGCUCUCUCGCUCUGAAUUUCCCUUCCGAAGCUCCAUGGCCUUCCUUCAUCGGGUUUGCUGCUGAUGUCCUCCUUCCUUCUCAAUCCUCAGUGGAAGAAGAUCUGAUGAGACCUUGCUUGGGAUUGUUAUAAAAGAUUGUGAUAAAUCUAACAAUGGAUGAGCAUCAAGGUAGCAGCAAGUUGACUGGAAUUAGGCAGAUUGUUAAGUUCAAAGAAAUCCUGCAGAAAUGGCAAUCUGUGACGCUUCGCUCGAAGGGGAAUAAUAGCCCCCGAAGAGGGGGCAGUCCCCAUUCUCACCCUGAUCGAUUGGUGGUGAGGUGCAACAGCCCUCAAAACCAUUCUGGUCGAAGGGUGACAGCAGGUUGUGCUAGUCCUAGACCCCUUUCUGGGGGAAGCAGUCCCUUAUCUGGUCGAGGAACACUUUCACCGGCAAUUAGUAGGAGGCUCACAAGUGUAAUUUCUUGUGAUUCGGAUGAGGAAUCAUGCGCAAGCCCCGAGCCGCCAUCUGAUGUCCCCAAAGGGUAUUUGGCGGUUUAUGUUGGACCAGAGCUUCGGAGGUUCAUCAUUCCCACAAGCUACCUUAGUCACAACCUCUUCAAAGUGUUGUUGGAGAAGGCUGAAGAGGAGUUUGGAUUUGAUCAUAGCGGGGGGCUCACAAUUCCUUGCGAGACGGAGACCUUCAAGUACCUCUUGAAGUGCAUGGAGAACCAUCAGAAAGCUCACCCUGAUGACACCCCAGCUGGAGCAUGGAAACUCGUUGAGUGAGGAAGCAGAAGAGUAAGUAAUUAUGCUGAUGUUGGUUUUUAGUGAUCCAGAUUUUAGGGCUGGUUUUCUGGUGUAAAGCAGGGUAUCUCCUUGUGUGCAGACAUCUUUCUGUUCUCUCUUUUUGUUUUCUUCGAUUUUUCGUCAUUAACAAACAAUUAGCAACAACUUUUAGUUAGAGAGGAUUCAGGUGUAUGUGUUUCUGUAAUUCUGUUGCCUACAAUUUGGCUGUACAGAGUGGUGUUAUGCAUAAACUACAUCUGAUGUUUGAUCAAGUAUUAAACACAUUUGUCC